AUGUACUCCUCGCUGAAGACUUUCCUGGCCCUGGGCCUGGCCUCCGCCGCUUGUGCCCAGCACACCAAGCAGGACGACGAGAUGGGCCCCGCCGCUUUCAUGUGGCCCGCCGACAGAGUAUGGAGCGGAGACAUGGACAACCAGGCCCCGUGCGGCUCCAAGUCUGGUGUCGCGAACAGGACCGAGUUCCCCAUCGUCGGCGGCAAGGUCGCCCUCGUCGCCCAGGAUGACUACUACAACACCAAGAUCUCCAUCUCCUACAAGAACGACCCCACCGCCAACAGCGACUUCACGACGCUCAUCGAGGAGCAGUCCGUCGCGGACCUGAACCCGGGCCACACCUGCGUCGACAUCCCCAACCCGCCCGCCUCCGUCGCCGCCGGCGGCAACGCCACCCUCCAGAUCAUCUACCGCGCCGACUGGGACGCCCCGCACAACCAGACCUUCUACGCCUGCGCCGACAUCACCUACGUCGAGGCCGCCAGCUUCAACACCCGCAUCCCCUGCUUCAACGCCACCGAGCCCGGCGAGGACGACCUCGCCCGCGCCUCGGGUACCCCGGCCGCCUCGUCCUCGAGCUCUGCUUCCAACGGCGGUUCUUCUGGUAGUGGCAGCGGCAACAAGCUCUCGGGCGGCGCCAUCGCGGGUAUCGUCAUCGGUGCCGUCGCCGGCGUGGGGCUGCUGCUGGGCGCCGCGCUGUUCUUGUACCGUCGCAGCCAGCAGAAGAAGCGCAACUCGCGUCUGGCGCGCAUGGAGGAGAACGCGAGGGGUUCGGAGCACUGGAACGCGGCGAAGGACUCGACUUCGCAGAACAGCGUCAAGCUCCAGAACCUUCCGUGA